AAAUCCCAAAUGGUAAAACAACACCUUUUUAUGGGAAUGAUUAUUGCCACAAGUCAAAUUGUUAGAACCACCAAAUUUAGGACUUAAGUUCCAUAUUUAAUUAGGUGAACAAGCCUGUAUGUUCAAAGUGCAAGGGCUCUCGCUCUCUCCCUAAAAAAUGAGAGUGUCUGCAUCCUGAAUGGGAGUCGCUGCUGGGUGUUCCCAGUCUCUUUUGCAGUGGGAUCUGGGUUCUAAAUCAAAUCAGAGAUCAUCUCAGAACCUUUCCCCAAAAGAGUAUCUUCAUCCCUAAGACUUUGAUUGGGGUCAAUUGACAUUUGAUUGAAGUUAUUUGAAGCUUCAUUUCAAGUCCAUAAUCCUUCCAACUAAUAUUGGCCUAUCGGAAAAGUAUAAAUCUCGGACUUAGCCUAGGUGUCCUUCACUUGGAAAUUUGGGCAGCUGAAAAAGCUGGAUUGUGUAAAGGGAUAUUGAUGAUGUGGAUUUAUUCCUUGGUGUUCCAGGUUCUUUUUCCCUCUAUUUACCUGUUUCUGCAGAUGUUUGUGUGGUUUCAAUUUCAUAGAGGGAAAUCAUUUCUGAAGAGUUAUUUAUCAAUUAACCAUGGGUUAGUAGCAAUCAGGAUAUUAUUUCAUGAGCCUGGGGUAAUUUCCUUGAGUUAUGCUGUUAGAAUUGUUAGUAUUUUGUCUAAGAUGCUGUUGGGAAUAUUUCUAUUCAUUGAGAAAAUGUGUUUUUGUGAUUUUGGACAUUGUUUCUUCAUAUACAAAGUAUGGAUGCAAAUGAAUUUGUAUGAUCCUU